AUGCAUUCCGUCAUCCUUCUCACCUUGCUGUUUCUUGGCUUUAGCGUUGCAGUGCAGCCCACCUAUCCCAACAGGAAACUGCCACCAUUGCGAGGCGACCCUCAGAAUGGUGUUGACCCUAUGCACAUGAUCGAGACAGGGUACUGCAAAAUGGGUGGAAAGGCCGGCCAAUGCCGUGUGGAUCGACGGCGCAAGAAGGGAAAUCUCCGGCGGAAAUGUGAUACAGACAAGCCGUGCACAAAAGAUGAGGAUCCAUGCAGUAUCCGAUGGGGACCAGGAGAUGAUCAGAAGCCCAGCGUGAUCAACGUGAAUUGUCAUCUAUACUAG